AUGCUUGCCAUGCUACCUUCCACACCAGGAGGAACAUUUGUUAUGACCGUUAAUUGGUGGUCAUUAAAAUCCAGAGCUUACAAAACCAACACUGCCACAGAAACGGAGAAUGGAGGCAUUUUAUUUAUUCCUCUUUACUAUCAUAAAUAUAAGGAGAUCUGUAACUUUCUGAAAUUUGUGUACGCACCUCUAAUCAGAAAUGGACUGCUGAUUGUUGCCUCAGAAAUCUCUCUGGCUGGUAGACUUUCAUUUUGUGCAACAAAUGUUAUUGAUCACUGUUUUUGUGAGCACAUGGCACUGGUUCAGUUAGCAUGUGGAGAUACAUCUAUUAAUAACAUUGUAGGACUUUUGACUGUUUUUCUUGUGCCGGCUUUAGAUUUUAUUCUCAUUACUGUUUCCUAUAUUGCGAUUUUUACCUCUGUUUUCAAAUCUGGCAAAUCUCACACGAAGGCCUUAAACACCUGCAUCACUCACUUAAUUGUCCUGUCAGUUGCUUUGAUUUCUGCUUUGAUUGCAUUUCUAUCAUACAGAAUAAGAAACAACAUUUCUUCCAAUAACCGUAUAGUUAUAAGUGUCAUGUACUUAUGUGUUCCAAGUUGUUUUAACCCAAUAAUCUAUGGAUGGAGAACAAAGGAAAUAAGACACGUUUUUCUGAAAUUUAUAAACCAAAAGGUCUUUUCUUUAGAAAAAUGA